CUGUCACACGCGUUUAGCACCUUCGCUUGUCCCGCCCUAAAAGCCCCCACCUUACAGAAGCUUGAGCUCCUACUAUGACACCACCACCUCCAAACCACAACCCAGCGUUUGACUCUGUGACAAGCAGCCCAGUCGCCAGCCUGACUUGUCUUGCACCUCGCACUUGACUCUUGUGCCUCUUACUUUAAAGUACACAGACUACGCCGUCAAGCCUCGUGGACACCGUCCAACGGCUACCUCAAACCAGCUCUCCCCCGCAUUACAAACAGACAUAUAUCGCCAUGUCGUCCACCGAGCAUGCUGCGAAUCCCCAUUCGGGAAAUGAUUCAACCCGACCAAAGGGCAUCCUUAAGACCUCUGGAAACCAACCAAGUGGCAGCGGCACUACUCAGACUCGCGAACGGUCCAUGUCCGGCAAAGAGCUCACCUUGGCCAACACACAAAUCAACACUGGCCAUCGCCGAUCAUCUUCCGCUGCCCGACAGCCUCCCACCUCUCGCCGCCAGUCCGCCCAGGACGGCUUGACGGAGAGCUCGCAGCGCCUCAAGUGGGACGAGGCCAAUCUCUACCUGACCGAGCAGGAGCGCACCUCGACUAUGAAGAUUGACGAACCCAAGACACCCUACGCAAAACACUAUGAUCCCGCUGAAGAUCCUUCGGACGAAGAAGACGAAGGCCAAGCGUCACAAGAAGCUGGUGCUCAGGGUGCUGCUCGUGUCGGUAAGACUGCACGUGCGCGUGCUGAUGAUAACAUACCAGGUCUAUCGCUGGGCGAGCCGGAAGAAGGCUACUUCGAAGAAGUCCAAGAAGAAAACCACGAUGCCCUGGCGGCGGCGUCGCCCCGAGCCCACUCAGACAAGUCUGUUCAUCUGGACGAAGAAAGCAACGCCGCCUCCGCCGAAGACCCGAUGGUCGGCCUUUCGGCAGAAGAGGUGGAGAAGCAUCAUCACUUUGAAGAGAUGCGCAAGAAGCACUACGAAAUGCGAAACGUCGCCCAGCUCCUCGGACACUCCGACGACGUCAUGGACGACGAAGAUGAAGACGACGAUGGCGAGGUUCCGCCGAUGCCCCCCAUCCCCAACGGAACCAAGUAAAGUGACGCCAAAUGCACAGUAUAUGAUGGGAGAUAGGUUCUUUUUGUUUCACUUCUUUUCAAUGAGCGAAUACGUCAGGGCGUUUAGGUUGUGAUUGCAAUAUGCCAGAAAGGAGACGGUGGCUGAUGGCAGAAAUUGGUUUGAAGUCUUUACGGCUUGAAUUACCAGCUCUGUGUUUGAAUUUGUAAAUAAUAGAUCUUGAAUUCCAAUAAUAACUUCGCCUGCUCUUGUUCUACAGUUGCAAAAUAAAACUCCAAGUUGGCUCAUUUUAAUUAUCAUGCGUAAAAUGCAAUGCGCGUUCCCCCGUCUAUAUUAUUCGUAUCCGUGUGUUGUUUAUAACAGGCCCUUUCUCGCUAGUUCGACCUUUCGUGCUGUCUCGGUGUCUUUGAAGCCUCCCUUGGAAGCGCAUAUUCUUUUACCCUCACCAAGCUCGAACUUCUCAUCGUUUGCAUCCCAGGCGCAAGGGCAGUGGUGUGGGAAGUGGACGCAGGCGAGGGUAUCGGGGCAAAGGUAGUUGUCGCAUGGUGCUGCAGAAUGUCAGUAUAAAGGGCUUCUCUUCGUGAAAUUUUAUUCGUUCCCUCUUACAUUGGUCGUAUCUUUGUCGGUACAUAUUUGCAUCGCUGGGCACGUUGCCUCCGUGGCCGUGGCCGUGUCCUUGGUGUUGGUGAUGCUGUUCCUGGCCACCGCCGAACAUUUGGUCGAAGAAGCCAAACUGGGCUUGCGCCAGCGCGAACAUGGAGAUGAUAGUAAUAAUUAGACGCAUGUUUUCUCGAUUUUUCGACUGGUUGCGCUUAAUUAUGCUGUUGUAGAGACUAAGUUGCCUACGCCGAGUCG